GCAAACCAAAUUAAUUUCAUUUCCACAUUCUCUUUCCUCUCUUAAGAAUCUCAACUCUAGGGGUCGACUCACUUCACUGGAACUCAAACCACCCCUCUCCCUCCCAACCCAGCCUCCGGCACCCUUCUAUACCAUGAGAACUGGAAGAACCCUAAUGCCGCCCAAAAUCCAACCUCCCUGGCCCAAUUGCUUGUUCCCCUAGGCCUCUUGGGCCAGUCCCUGCACUCCGGAUUCAGUACCCCUCCCAGUCCAUCGACGCGCCUGCUUAAUGAACCAUUUCGCUGACUUGAUGAUCCAACAAUGCUGGAUUGAUGUGAAAGAGCUUUUCGAGUUCUGGGUUCGAUCGCUGGAUGAGAAUGGGAAGCCUAAUAAGUUUGAUGUUAAUCUUUAUAAUCAUUAUCUGAGAGCUAAUUUGAUGAUCGGAGCAUCAGCUCGGGAUUUAUUUGAUUUCGUCGCCCAAAUGGAUGAUUUUGAGCAUGUUCCCAAUUUAGCGUCGUUUAAUUUGAUUUUAAAGGCCAUGCGUCAGGCUAAGGAAACUGAAGCUGCUGAGAAAUUGCUUGACGCAAUGGAUACUUCAAAAACUGGAGUUCAAAAGCUUGAUUCUGCUAGUGCAAAACUUAGAAAAUGGGAUGCCACAGGUGGCACCACUCUAUUAUAUACCAACUUCAAUCCAGUUGAAGGAAAAGAAGAAGAAGAAGGAGGAGGUUGUGCCGGAAAAAGAGAAAAAGGGAAGAAAAAAAAUAGAAAAAAUAAGAUAUUUUUAAAAAAAAUAAUGGAUUAUCUUGCUAUUAUGUUUUUUUGUAUAAUAAUAAUUAUUUUUGUUGUUAGUUCUGUUAUUAUUGUUAGUUAUUAAGAUUAAUAAAAACUCAAAUUGAUGGUUUUAGUUAGUAUUAUUAUUGUUAGUUUUAGGGUUUAGUUAUUAAUAAUUAUUGUUACUUAGUAUUAUUAUUAGUAAAAACUAAUAUUAUUAUCAUGGUUAGUUAUUAGGAUUAGUAAAAACCCUAAUUAUUAUUUUAGUUAGUAUGAUUGUUAGUUUUACAUUAUAUUAUUGUUAGUUAGUAUUAUUUUGAGUAAAACUAUUAUUAUUGUUAUUGUGUUAGUUAUUAGGAUUAGUGGUUAAAUGUUGUUCAUGUACAAAAUGAUAAC